UAAUAUCUCCGUGUCGUUUGAUUCGAUCGCCAGAGUUGCCAGUCUCUCAGUCUCAGUCUCAGCCUCAGAUCCAGAGUCCCAAAUUCAAUCUAAGCCACAAUUUCCCGCUCUCGCUCGCUCGCUCGCUCGCCUGCCUUCUCUGUCUCUCUCUUUCUCUCUCUCACUUUCCCUGUACGUGUGUGCAGGCGCGCGUGUGUGUGUGUGUGUGCUCGUGCUAGUGUCUUCUGUGUUAGUGUGCCGUGUGCUCGACAAAUUCUCAUAAAUCCCAUAGCUUAUAAUUAAUUCUGGAAGUUGAUAUUUUAGAAGUGCCACAAAAUUCAAUCAUUUUUUUCAAGUGUGUCCUGUGCCACAACCAAAGGGAAAUCCCGAUAUCGAGUGCUGCGGACAAGUGGAAAAUCUACAACAAACCAAUAAAUAUUGACCAAAUGAGCUGACAAUGAUCGGAUUGAAAGCAUCGACUCUUUGAGGCAACAUUGAAAUCAAACCAAAAACCAAACCAUCAGCAGCAGCAGCAGCAGCAGGAGCACAACAGCAGCCGCGUACAGCCUGAAAGGACGUAGUCAAAGCUGAAACCAGAGAGGCCCUGAAUACCUUGGACCAACUAUAAGCAGCUGCAAUAAUGCACAUUUCUGCUGAGGUCAGUUCGACCACCUCAAAUCAAAUACAGCAGCAACAGCAACAGCAACAACAACAGCAGCAGCACCAACAGCUUCACCAACAGUUGCAUCAACAACACCAACAGCAAACGACUCCAACAGCAACGACCACAACGGGCGGCAGCACCACGAAGCGGCGUAAUGCAGAGUCCUCCUCCAAUAAUAACAAUAAUAAUAGCAACAACAACAACAACAAUAGUACCACCAACAACAACAACAACAACAACAAUAAUAAUAAUAGUAGUAGUAACAAUGCCAAGACAAAACCGGUGGACACUAGUCCAUACCUGACACCAGAGAACCUCAUCGAGCGCACCGUCGACGUCCUGCUCGCCGAACAUCCCGGCGAGCUGGUCAAGACGGGCUCACCCCAUGUGGUCUGCACCACAUUACCCACGCAUUGGCGAUCAAACAAGACGCUGCCGAUUGCCUUCAAGGUGCUGGCCUUGGGCGAGGUCAUGGAUGGGACAAUAGUCACCAUUCGGGCGGGCAACGAUGAGAAUUUCUGCGGAGAGCUGCGCAACUGUACGGCGGUGAUGAAGAACCAAGUGGCCAAGUUCAAUGAUCUACGAUUUGUGGGAAGGAGCGGAAGAGGCAAAAGCUUCACGCUGACAAUAGUCAUCUCGACGAAUCCCAUCCAGAUAGCAACGUACACGAAGGCCAUCAAGGUGACCGUGGACGGGCCACGGGAGCCACGCUCCAAAGUCCGACAUCAGGGCUUCCAUCCGUUCGCCUUUGGGCCGCAGCGCUUCGGACCGGAUCCACUUAUGGCCGGAUUGCCCUUCAAGUUGCCAGGUUUCGCCCAUCAUUUGGUGGGGAUGCACAGCCAUCUGCAUGCACCCGAUUGGCGUGCCCACAUGGCCUUGGGUGGGCGUUCAGCGGGUUUUCCAGCAGGCCCAUUCUUCGGACAUCAUGCGGCAUUUCCGGCGGCCAGCGGCUUGAGAGGAUUGAGCGCAGAUGGCCAGCAGCAGCAACAGCAUCAGCAGCAGCACCAACAGCAAUUGGCGACAGUGGGUGCCGCUCACAGCACCACCAGUCCGGAGGGAUCCCCCACCACAACGACCAGUGGAACGCUGAGUGCGUUUGUCCAGCCAGCGAUCCACUGUCCCCUCGGCUCGCCCCGAUCACCACCCACGAUCCUCACCUCGCUGCAGCACGACAAUAACAACAACAGCAGCAACAUCGAUGCGGGCUUCGAGAGCGAUAGUAUUUCGGUGACGGGAUCGCCUCGGAAGAGCAUCAGCUCUCCGCUCACACACGACGAAGAGGAGGCCGAAGCUGAUGCUGAAGCGGAAGCGGAAGCUGAGGCAGAAGCGGAACCAGAUGGAGAGGCGGAAGCGGAAGCCGGCACACAGCUAAGCGGCGAUGCCAGAAGCCUGGCCACGAUCAGUGGACGCUCAGCCGCCGGAUCCCUGACCGAGACCGCCCCCGGCUCGGGUGGGGCAUUCACCGCCCUCAUCCAGCGCAGCAAAAAUCCAUCGGAGCUGUUCGGCGGCUUUGCGGCGGCCGGCGCUAAUCACUUUGCCCCCUCGCACAGCUUCAAUCCGGCCCUGGCCGCCCAGCUCUUCCUGCAGAGCCCGCUCCUGCCGCAGUCCAGCCAGUGGCUGUACACCCAGCUCUAUGGCAGCUACAGCGAUCUACCCUGGCUGAGGAGCGCCGCAGCAGCGGCAGCGGCCAGUGCGGUCCCAGCCCAGGUCCAGGCCCAAGCCCAGACGCAGGCGCAACCCCAGCCCCAGGACUCAGCGACUUCGUUGAUGAGCAGCGGCGGCGACCACGACGGCGUUAAUCUGAUCAAGCGCUGUGUCACCCUGAUCACGCACAAUCCCCCGGACGCGGAGAAUGCCAAUCCGAAUUCCUCGCCGCCGGUCAGCUCCACGCGCCGUUCGCCCUCGCCGUCGCCUGUUGAGACCAUCGAUCUGGACGAUGUCAGCACCACUUCCCGCUCCGCCAGCGGCUCUGCUUCCGGGUCUGGGUCCAGUGGUGGCGGCCCCAUAAGGACGCGCACUCCCAAGCCUUCGGCGGAUGUGUGGCGCCCCUACUAGCGGCUGGCGGUCGCCUUGCUGGGCACCUGCCUGGCGGCGCAUGGACAGGGCGAGCACCGGAUCGAUGGGAAAGAUGCCCCGCAGACCAAACCCAAGGGAUACGGGGAUAGAGAUUGAGACAGAGGGAGGGGAGAGGAGAGAGAGAGAGAGAGAGUAUUGCGGUUGUGGUGUUGUGUGAAUAGUCGCCAUAUCGCAGCUGGCGGGGGUUGCUCCAUGGAUAUCUAGAUAGAUCUCUAUCCCUGGCUUGCUCGUAGAGACACUUGGUCAUUAUAUGUUACUAAGAGAACGAUUCUGCAGGACUUUCUUCACCAUUCUAUCAGAGAUCAAGUUCAAAGAUACAUGUACAGCAGAGAGACCUUAUCGAUUGCCAGGCAGCAGAAGGAUCUAUCCACAAAUUCAUUGAGCAAUCCCCGCACUAUGUAAUGUUUUUUUUUGUAUGGUCAACCCUAGUCUAAGCGGCUCACAUAUCGAAUUUAAAUCAAUUAGCAUGACCCUAACAUAUAAUAUAUACGAGUAUAUAUAGAGUUCAAGGCGGGGGCAAUUAUAAAA